UACUAACCAAUAACUAGACAAAGGAUUCACAGGUUGCGUUAUCAUUAAAAUGUACUGCUGUAAUGUUAUCACUAUUAAGUAUUGAUUCUUCAGGUAUUGUGUAAUGAAAGUUUUAUUGCCAUCAAGUAUACCUAAUCCUGUUCUAUAGAACUGAAACUCUUGGUCAAGAAGUUCUAUAUGAUCAGUUUUUAAAGAAAGGUUAUUUAUUACGAUAUAAAAAAAUGUAUUCUUAAUAAUAAUGGAUAAAUACAUUACAAAGUGAAAAAACUCUGAUUGCGCAUCCUGUGAGGUUAUGGUAUUAAUAUAAUUUCUAUUCAAUUGCUUCAUAUCUCUAAUAUUUACUUUAUCAUGCCGAAGAAUUCAAUACUAACAUUACAUAAUACAGUCUCAGAAUAGAAGAUUAGGAAAUGAAAACAACUACAUAUUGAAAAAAAGUAACCGAAUUUCUUCUCUAUUAUUUGCACAUUAUAAUAUAAUAUUUGAACAGUAGCAGAAUACAAAGUUCUACAGAAAGCGCCACUCCUAGAUUUCAAAAGGAUCUUGAAAAAAUCAUAUUUAAAGAAAAUUAUUUGUCAGGAAAUGUUUAUAUUCUUUCAAAUGAUGGCCUCGGCAGACAAUACACAUAUCACGUCAUUCUCGAGACUCGUCGAUUGCUAAGCAAAUCCUAUUUUUUCUUAUUAUCAGAAUACCAACUACAUUCAAGCUUUUUGGUCAUUGUUGGUUAAAAUCGCAUGACGUCAUGAACUAGCCCUUCAACAUCAACAAUUUGAACCGUAUAUAACCAAAGGUAACUACACUCGAGAGCCGGGUUAAACCUCUGGUCAUUAACGAAGUAAGAUUCAAUUUGAUCGAAAUAAGACAUGAUGAAUUCCAGUUUGUUAAAACAAAAGUUGGUUGUGCAUGUUUUGAUUACAGCACCCUGACCUACAUUAACGAAAAUGGACCAUAACCCUCACUAUAUUCAAACAAUAUGUCGAUGAAAACAUGGACAUUGUCGAGUCCGACCGUCCUGUAAGCACUGUUUUCCACUUCCCAAGAGCUAAAGAUUGCACAAAAAAUCGUUUCGAACUAUUCACAUAAGGCUGGUCUCAAGAAGAAGCUCGAUGUAUGGGUACUACACGGAUUAACCCAAAAAACCUCAUGGACCGAAUUUCCAUUUGCGAAACACCGCUGAUUCGCAACAAAAUCAACUCAUUCUUGAAGCGGUUGGUGAUUGGUGCUAAAAAGUGAAUUACUUACGACAACGUCAACGUCAAACGAAAACAAUCAUGGUCGAAACGCGGUGAGUCGGAGGAAACGGUGGUCAAGCUUACGAUUGGCAGCCAGGAAAGUUUUGCUGUGUUGGGUGGGAUUGACAGGGAAUUAUCUACUAUCAGCUGCUCACCUAUGACAUAAAUAUUAACUCGGAAUUGCACUGUCAACAAUUAGACCUUCUGAAGAAAACAAUCGCCAGCAGCGGCCAGCUUUGGCCAAUAGGAGGGGAAUUGUGUUCCAUCAUGACAACGCCAGGCCACACACAUCGAUGGUGACCCCCCAGAAGCUCCGAGAGCUUGGUUGGGAGGUUCUUAUGCAUCCAUCUUAUAGUCCGGAUCUGGCACCAAGUGAUUACCAUCUGCUCUUAACCAUGGUGAAAAAUUCGCUUCAACAGAGGGUUGUGAAAAUCGACUGUCUCAAUUUUUGUCAAUAGAAGCUAGAGCUUCUAUGAGAAAGGCAUAAUGAUAUUAUCCUCAAAAUGACAACAACUAAAUCGGAUCAUUCUAUGAUCUUGUUUUUCAUGCAAAAAUAAUGGAUUUCAUUUUACUACACCUUAUAGAAUGGGAACUGAUAUUCCUCCGAUUAUUAUUUGUUCAUCACUGAGCAAAAAUUGCAAACACUUCAAUUGACAAAGUCAAAACUGUCACAAAGACAAAAAUCAAUGCCCCUCUUCGUCAUUGCCGGAAGGGCAAAUUGUCCCCUUUUCGUUCACGCCAUACAAAUCGCAAACUACCUAAGUGAGCAUUUACCAGAUAUCAUAAUCAACAAACAGGAAUUUUACGGAGAAGAAUGGAGCGACUUUCUACUCGACAUCAAUAGUACCAACAGUUGGUACAUCACAAAGUCUCCUGUUAUCUGGAAAGAAGUUGGAUUCGCUGGAAGUAAACCGCAUCUAAUUGGUGGUUUGAGCGAGUUCUGGGAAUACAUAGAUGAUUAUUAUGGAACGAAAACAUUUCUGGAUAGGAAAGCCGUGGCAGAACUAUGUUCGCAGAAUAUGAAAGCUUACACUGAAAAGAAUCUGUUGUCGGCAAAAGAAAAGCUCAAAUCAUCGGUCAUUGGUAUGUACGGCUUCAACAAUGAUUUCGCCCAAAUGCUUCUACCUGAACUCUUCAAUGUACAUGGUCUAUUUGAAAAAAACAUGGUUACAAUAAAGAUAUACGAUCCCGAAUCCUUGAGGGAUCCAGAUACAGAGGACGAAGUAAGGUCUAUUAUGGAGUCCUAUGAAAGAGAGAUUCAAGCUCAUGUAAAAUAUGAAUUGUUAUUUUCGACCACUAUAUCAUUUUUUAUCGAGAAUACAGAUUUUAUAUUAAUAACGGAAGACUAUUCCCAAAAGGAAGAAGAAGAUAGAUCGACUUGGCUGAAGAGGUGCAGCUUGGAUAUGAAUGAAUUAGCUACUGAAAUAAAUGAUACCGGUGGUGAACAUUUGAAAAUCCUUUGUUGUCACUUGGGUCCUGUCUGCUUCACAGCAACAGCACUCACAUUACAUAUAAAGGAAAAGUACCAUAACAAUAUAAUUGCAGUCACUGCCUAUGAAGGGUUAAAAGCUUUGAGUUCGGUUAGCAAACUAACCGAUAUUCCAAUAUCACAUCUUGCUGCCCCACCUGUAUGGGGUUUUGUUGGACUUGAUCAAUUCGUAGAUGUUCAAGGGGUUAUAGUAAUUCAGGAUAUUAUACGUCCAUAUAAAAGAGCUUUGAAGGAUGUUAGAGACUCAACGCUUCCUCAGAAAAAAGUCAGGAAGGAGCUUCGAAUGUUAUCAUGCAUUGUCAACCAAAGGAAUUUCGAAAAUAGUGUUAUCAAACGCUGCAACCAAUAUAGUAUAUUAGGUAGAAAACCAAUUCUACCCCUUUUAAGGGCUACACUGCAUCUUCUUGAGCUAUGGUCUUCACCAAAGAAAGCUGCUGAUGUGGUGAUUUCCCUUGGAGUUCAUUCAGAUGGUUCCUUUGGUAUACCCCAGAAAAUCGUUUUCUCACAACCAGUAACUCUAAAUGAUAAAAAUAUUUGGGUACCAUUUGAUAAACUUCCUAUUUUUGACCAAUCACAUCGUGAAAUAGAAAAAUGUAUAAAAUUCACUUCUGAUUUGAUGCAACUGAUUGCAGAUUGCUUUUAAAAAAUAUUCCUCAAUAAUUCAACACUUUCUUUCAAGAUUUUCAUUUCUAACUAAAAAAAUUCAAUGAAAAUUUUCAUCACAUCGUAUAAUGUCAAUUUUUCACUAAGUAUAUCCAUCUUAGUUAUAUGGCUACCCACUUCGCCAUACAAACUUUAUGAUGUAUAAUGUGAAACUUGAAAAUGUAAAAGACUAAAUGAUUUGUAAUAUUCAAUAAAUUGAAAUUAUGAAUUAUAUAGAAGAUCGCCAUAGCGCACAUCAUUUCAUAGGCAGUCUCAUCUGCUUCAUUUGCUUUUGUUAUAUAAUUUAUCGUUUUUAGAUUAACAUUUAGAUAAUAAGGUUUUUUUGAAAUAUACUAUCACUGCAUCUAUAUCAAUGCUCACAAAUGGUAUUGUUUCUUUUUCUUGAAUUUACUAUGUUUUCAUUUAUCGUCUAUCAUUCAUACUUCUUCCAAUUUUGCAUUAAUCAUUUUUUAUACCAUUAUUAGGUGCAUCAUUGAUAAUAUUGCAAAAUAUGACUUCCCAUGUGUGGAUGUUGAUCAACAAUUGAGUAAAUAUUUGAUUACAGAAUAUUAUAGAAAAUCAUUUAAGUUCUCUGUGAACUCCAUACUAUAUUUUGAAAGCUGAAAUAACCAUACUUUUGUCGUCAAAAUUUUUAAUUAGAGUUUGACGUAUGCUUCGACAAAAAUCUUGAUGAUGACAACUUCGAUAUCGAAAUGUUCAUCAAAAAAAUCUCUUGGACAUGUGUAUGAUUAGUUCACCUUCCAAGUAGAGAACAUUAUAUUUCAGAACUUUCAUUAAAUAUGAGUUAAUUUUUUGUUGGCAUGUAAAUUUUAUAAUUAGUAUUCACGCAGUAGCUGAUUAUCCAUUUUUUCACCAGAAUUCUCUACCUUCCCAACCUGGUGCAACUAGUGGUGCAGAUGAAAACUUGAAUCAACAUCAUCAGUAA